AGUAAACGAACAUUUAAAGUCAUUUGAUAUUUCCACCCGAGCGGCUUUUUCGAGAUCCUUUACGUGUCUUAAGUUUCCACAUUAGUUGGUUAGCAGUGACAUCACGCAUGUUAUGGGAAGAUGUGGAGCUACAAUUCAAAAUUGGUUCUUAGCAAUAGAAAAAGGCGAUCUGUCGCUGGUUCAAAAACUCUGGAAGGAUAUAAGUGAUAUAGAUGUCACGGAUACAUACAUCCUCAAUAAUAUUAAGCAUGAAAAUGUAACUGGGCUGAUUAUUGGUGCCCAUUUCGGUCACAAGGAUGUAGUUAGAUGGCUUUUAAAAAAUAAAGCAAAUGUUAACUGGGAAACUAAUCUGAAAUGGCGUCCGAUUCAUUUCGCCGCUAAACGUGGUCAUUGUGCCACGGUGGAUAUGCUUUGCAGCAGUGGAGCACUUGUUGAUCCAGUUACAAUGAAUAAUGAAACGCCUCUGUCGCUGGCUCUUCAGUCUCACAUGCGCGAUACUGUGCGCAAACUUGUACAUCUAGGAGCACAAGCAAACAAAAGUAACGAAAGUCUUGUCUAUCACUACGUUUGCCGUGGGAUGCUAGUACCGGAUAAUUCAUCACAAGCGCAACGUGAGAAUGUUGAUACUGCUCGUGAUGGGAGCUUACAGUUGCGAAAUCAAAGUCCACGAACCAAUUCAUCAUCAGUACCAGAUACCGGUUCUUCUCCAUCCUCAAAUGGUGAUACAACGGACUUUUCGAUUGCAGUUUUCGAUAGUCAAGUUAUAAUGAAUCAACUUCAGUGUCAGUCGACAAGUUACGACUUAGAACUUGCCAGACGAAAAAGAGAACUAAUCAGGCGCCUACCAUUCCUACCAUGUAUGUCACAACAUUCAGCUAAUCAAUUCCUGCAAUUGACUCAGCGCGCUUCCCGUGCAGAUUUACCCCUGGAAAAUCGUCUAUCUACAGUUUCUCAUCUCUUCAGUCUGCUUCCUAUUCUGUCUCCCAGCGAUACUCAUAGUGAUCUUUCCAGUAAGACUGCAUCGAUUGGCAUUAUCAUUGAACCAUAUUUGCGUCUUUUUGAGGCGUGCUUGUGUGAAUCUCAUUGCUCCCUAGAGUUGUGUGUUCAAUUAAGUAGGCUUGCUGUGCAUAUAGCAGCCUUAGGGGCAGGAAAACGUUUUGAUACCAAUGGAUCUGUUACUAGUGACGAAUUUUCUCCUAAAACAAACACCCCAUCUGCUCAUAUCAUUUCUUACAUUUUAAAGUUACUCAAGAGGCUGCUUCUCAAAGGAAAUACUCAGUAUAGAUCAGGCAUUCUUUCACAUAUUUCACGGAUCUUAUCAGAUUUAUGCUUACCAAUGAGUCAUAAAAGUAAUCAACCUAUUAGUGUUAUUUGUUCCUGGUGUGAUCUUUUACCAUUUGUUUCAAGCAUCAUUUCAAGUCUUAUUCGCUUAGGUGAAACUCUUGAUCAACCACUAAACGUACCACGUUUUGCACAACUUGUUGGUCUUAUUGCUCGAUGUUUGAUUAGCUCUCUUCCAAAAGCCAGCCAGAUUUCCCUGUCCUCGCGAAUUUCUGACCUUGCAGAUAUUCUUGUGGGCUGGAGUGUGGAUUCGUCUAGUGGCUCAAAAGAUGUAAAUGUAAGCCCUAUAUGUGACGAAAUUUACUUUGGCCUUUCACAUUGGUUUUUCCUACGUACAGAAGAUAAGCCUGAAGAAUCAAAGCAGUUUAUAUCGUUGCCGGUUGUAAAUGAAAAUAUUCGAGAAAUGGUUACUCACUUAUUGGAAGAUAGCGAAAAUUCACUGAAUGCAGCUAUUUCAGAAAGCACCACUGUUAACAACAAACGUAGUCCUACAGUACCAGGAGGUGCGAUACCUUCAUCUGACCCAAACGGUCAUUUUGUAUCUCUUCAACUCUUCCUCAAUGUUUUGUCUAGCAUAUUUGGAGGUAUCUGCAAUCGUAACUUUGCUUCAGAAGAUAUUGGUUUCGACCAUUUAAUGUCUGGUGACGUUUCACAAUGGAUUGAACGUCUGCUGCGCAUUGUCCAAUCAACAAACGCUUAUUAUACCUCAUUGUCAUCACAAAAACAAACUACUUCAUGGCACUCUUCUCAUACCCCGACUUGUGCUUUUCAUGUCCCAUUUAUUGUCCUGGAUGGAAUUCAGUCUUCAGUUUUCCAACUAUUAAGCUGUUUGGUACAAUUUUCUGACUGUUCAAAUGCUGAUAUUCUAGCCGUACAAAACUGCUUGAUAUCUAGUGUGAAUGUUGAAAGUUUGCUCUUUACUGAUUAUUCAUUGACUUCGUUACUUGAUCUCAUAUUCACUAUCCUGAAAGUGAAAUACUCCUCUACUUCAACCUCUGUAAUUCCUUCGUCGUUGUCAGUUUAUUUUGAUUCUCAUUCAAAACUGCAUCAUUUCAAAUUGUGCUGCAAAUCAGAUAGCAGGAGGACUGAUACACCAAGUCAGAAAAUUUUCCAAGUACUGUGUCAUUUAUCGUCUAUGAAUUCUCUUCAAAAAGCUGUUUGCGAAUUAGCAUUAUCUGAUCUUGAAUUGGCAACAAAUUCUCAGAAAGAUUUAGAUUUGUCUGUAUCUUCAAGCACUUGUAAUUUGGAAACCUUAUCAUUAUUCAGUUUAUCACUGUUAUCCAAAUUGAUGCGAAACAUGUCUUAUGAACUCAGAAAUGAAUUGCUUUGCCGUAUAUUUGAGAUUGUUCGAGUAAACUGUUUGAAGAACUGGUCUGUUGUUCCAACUCGUGUCAGAAUAAUCAUCCUGACAUUUUUGAAUAAUCCAUCACUACUUACAACAUUUCAAACAGUCAACAUUAUGGAUAUGUUAACCAGCUUUCUUUCUAUCAGGAAUAUUUCCAAUAUGGAGGGUUGCAUUCUUCUGAAUUUAAUCGACUACUUUUUCUCUGAAGGUAUCAUGUGUUCCGAUGAUAAGCUAACUUUAUUUACUCACCUCGUAGUAUUGUCAAAGCGUACACUUGUUUCACAAGUAGCUUUGGAUUCAUCUCGUCAAAAUGUUUUUAUCUUGUGCGCGAACGUAUUUGUGAAAUAUGCUCUCCCAUACAUCAAGAAGGGUGAUGCAAAACUUGCUUCUUAUCUCUUACACUUAGCACAAAUCUCAUUAUCUUACCCAUGCUUGCAAGUUCAAAAAGUUGGUAACGAUUUAUUACUUCUAGUUGGAUCAUUUACUUCCAAUAAAGUCGAAUUUCCAUCAACCAACUUAUAUUCAGAAUUGCUCUGGAUUACCACUCGACGACCAGAUUAUUCGUCUACAGCUUUAUUAUCGUCAACUAGUCUUGGUUACACAGAUUGUAAUAAUAGUCCAGCGGCGAUGGUCACUUCUUUUCCUAGCCUUCCCGCUGUUGCAGGAAUUCUGGGCAUUUUAACAAGAGGAGCUCCUUAUACACAGAAAUCAGAAAGCAGUCGACUGAGAAUUCUAAAGAACCCAAAUGAUUGGAUCCGACGUUUGUCGCAUUUAAUUUCUCCGCUUCCAUCAGAUCGCAAACGUGACCUGUCAUUACUUCAGUGCACUAGUUUUAUGCAGCCGGUAUUAUGGCACACAGCAUGGGCAAUGGUCGAUUACAAAUUGAAGGUUGCUCCUUGGGCUAAUCCACUGAAAACAUUCUUCUCUCUUGAAGGAACUUUAAGAGCGUUUCUACGAUCAAAAGACACCAUCGAUUCUUGUAAUGGAAACUCGAAUUCAAUAGCACCUUUUUAUGUAGCUUCUUCUGAGGCGCUUGCUCAUCAGACAACCAAUCGACAGCUUAGUCAAAUUCAGUUGCUUAUGAGCUUUUUGGGGUAUCUUGAACGCAUUAUUUUCAAUGCCACUAGUGGUUUUGCGACUGCACUACCGCGUCCUUCAACAACUGCUGCUCUAUUUUUCACUGCAAAUGAAAAUACUUGUACCCAGUGGUACAAUCGAAUUCGAAAUAUUCUAAUUCUAAUAUCAAGUGACUUACCACUGGUAUCGAGAGCUGGUGUAGGACCAGCCAUUGAAGUCUUAUCUACUACUGUCUAUCACUCAUAUAGCUUGCUGAGGAUUGUCUCAAGUUACAAAACCCCGAAUGAUCGUGAUGUGUGGCUGAACACGUUGAGGCAGUAUGGUGGAUCAAGUGACAUAAUUAUUCAUUUAUCCAAAUCGCUUCAUAAAUUGGGAGCUUGGGAAGAAUUGGAGGCUUUAGCACAAUGGUUGGACGACCUCUUCACUCCACAACAGAAUCCAUUUUCCUGGCUUCAUGGUGUUUCUUUUUUAACUCGUGGAGAUUGGGAUCAAGGCAUUUUACAACUAACUGGUUAUCUGGAUUCCAACUUAUCCAAAAGUAAAGUAUUGGCUUCAGAAAAUUCUGCCACUAGCGAGACCAGUGAAAUUUCCAUUCAUGCAGCGUCCACAGUGUAUGUUACUGACGUCCUUCUUCAAAGUUAUCUUCUUGAAGGCAACUAUGAUGCUGCUGUGAAACUACGCAGUCGUGUAAAGCCGUAUUUCAAGGGAAAAUUACUGAAAGAAGAUUUCGCACUAAAGCUUACUUCAGCACGUCUUGACUGUAUGAAUAAAUUGUUCAAAUGGACUUCUUCAAAAGAUGUUAGUGUUAAUCGUGAUCCGUCUGAACUUUCGUCGCACAACUUUCUUCAAACGCACCUGAACAGUUUACUCAUCAAUGCUGCGUGUUCAUUGCGUCAAACUCAAGAUGUAUCCUCACCUAGGUGUUUUUCCGAAUUGAUUUCCAUAGUAAGACAAAGGUCAGCAACUGCAACCUCCCUUCCUUCCUUAAACAUGUUUGCUGAUUAUUAUUCUCAGUCCAAAACUGUUCUCAAUGAUGGCUUACAGGAUUGGUUGAUCAAGGCUCAGUUGUUGAUUACUGAAGAGACAAGCACUUCGUAUGAAAUAUCAGAUCCUUUGACCUACUCAUCAUGGAUGCACCUCGCAUCAUUAAAGGAGAAAGCCCACUCUACUUCUGAGCUUUCCGCUUGUCAAUGGGCAUGCUUGAAUAACUCUCCACAACUGGCGCAGCGUUUAAUUAUUAAGGCAGCUAAAUGUCUUACGCUGCUGGAACAUAACGUCUCUCAAGACAAAGGAAAAACGUCAUGUUUUGAUGAACUUUGUAAUGUGGUUUUGGCCAGUUCCAGCGAUAUCCUGUCUAAACUGUCACGAGUAGGUGCUUUGCAGUUCUAUUACUGCUUGGCUAAAACUCUGUGGCUAUCAUGCAGUGGAACAGAAGAAAAUGAAAAAGAUGGUAAAAUUAAAGCAAUCGCAAUGUUGGUAUCUGCUCUAAAAGAAACAUUAUUUCAAAAAGUGGAUUGUAGUAUGUUAAAAACUGCAACUCAGUGUAAUUUGGAAGCUGAAGUGGCUCUGUGUCUCUUCAAGUGGUUAGAAUCGCCGUCCGGUCCCGAUAAUGUCCCAUGGACUAAAAGGAUAUGUCAAGAUUUGACAAGUUCAAAUAUAUCUGAACAAAAGUCGCAAAGACUGUUAGCAAUUGCAUCAGACCUCGAUAUGUUCAGUCGUUUUGCUGAUGUUUCUUGGCCUAGUGGCAUUCCCGGUGUCAACGAGUGUGUUCAACCUACUACAACAUAUCCUCUCUCAGCGUCCACGUGGCCUAACCGCCUAUUAAUGAUGGCUACUCAUCUAAAUGCAAAUGGUUUAUCUGCAUCUGUUUGGCUAGAGAUGGCAAAUUGGUGCUAUGCUCGAGGUUGUAAAAAAAUUGAUGAGUUUCAGUCAGCUGCAAGAACGUAUAUUAAGGAUCUCAGCGAAAUGUCUCCAAGUCAUCCUGCUGUCCCUGUCCUGUUGAAAUUAGUGGAUUCAACAGAAUAUCCCGUAUUAACUAUGUUAACUGAAAAACUGUGCAUCGCAUCACGAGAAAACACAAACAAUGAUGAGAAAUCAGAUUCAUCUAUACCAGCACUAAUCAGUGCUUUAGCUACCUUUUUAGCUACUGAGGCUUGUAAUGAAGAUGAAAUGGAGGGUUGCAAACAUCACAACACAUUAAAUAUUCAUCUACAUCAAUUUUCUCUUCAUUGUCCUGAUGAUCAGUUAGAUGGACAGAUACAAGAAAAGUUCUGUUCACAUUUAGUCAGGAUUCUUCCGCAGUUGAAGAAGUCAAGCCUGACUUCAGAUUUAAUCCAACUUCUGCACCAACUAUUAGUUUCAAUAACAGAACGUCAACAUGCCUUGCAUAUGUCAGCAGCGCAAGCUUAUGCCACAUUUCUUAAUAUAGUGGAUCAGUCUGGUGUACCUGAAAAUUCGCUCUUCUAUAAGCCAAUCACCAAAUUAGAUAUCACAACAACUACUUUGAAAUUUCUGGAUUUGUUGUGCUCUCCGUCUCGUAAGCUCAGAGGCAUGAUUUCUGGUUUCCUAGAUCAAGCCAAUCCAGUACUACAGGAAUUCUAUCAAAGUCAUUCUUUGAGUGUAGAUAAGAGUGAACUUAAACAGACAAAAACAAUUACAUCCAGUUUAACACUAGGUGGUCCAACAAUCUGGGGCACCUGUUUACCUCAAGUUCUGAUUCAGUUAGGUUUACCGGAUGGCAUGAUUCGAAACUGUUUAGUUGCACUACUGAACCGACUUAUCGUUAUUGAUAUUGACAAUGUUAGUUCCAAAUGGAGUUCUCCGUCUUACCGUCUAGCAGCCCAACUUGUUUUUCCGGCUGUAGUUGCUGCUUCAAAUCCUGUUACCACAAAUACUGGACAAAAAAGCAAUUCUCCUUAUUUUACAAACAGUCCUGAUCAUACAAGUUCUGUAAGUGUAUCUAUCUUGAAGUCAAAAGUCGAUCCAUCUCAUUCAUUUUCACAAAUAGUAGCAGCUUUGAGAAAUUCAGGUUUAGGCGAUCUUGUUGAACGUGUAGAAAUUUUUACCUAUGAACUACAGCGUAUUACUGUUCUGUGGGAAGAAUUAUGGCUGGGUUCAUUAGUACAGCAUUUGGAUGAACUGUCAAAAAAGAUAAACAUUUUGGAGUCGGAACUGAAACGCACUGAACAAACAGAUGCAUACAAAAGUGCCAGCUAUUUGAAGGCAUUAUCUAAGCAUGUAUCCGAUGGACUUCUCUCAGAUGAAAACGAAAACGCAGUUUCACAAUCAAGUGAUGUAACCACGGAUGAUACCGUUGCUUCAUUGUCAGUGUAUGAUGCUGAAGAUAAGCUGGUGACACAUAAAGAGUUUUCAGAGGCUGUUGUUCUAGCGAAGUAUAUUGCUACACUUCAACCGACUCUUGAUUUGAUAUCACAGCUGAAUGCUUUAACCAUGCUCGUGAAACCUGAAACUCCCCAUGAAGAAUGGUUCCAAAAGACCUUUGCGCAUGCGAUUAACGAACUACAAGAAACCCUGUCACAUCCGGCAGAUCCUAAAGAUGUGAAAGAACCUAUUUUAAUUAUUCGUCGGCUCAUCCAGCAGCUUCAAACAUCACAUCAAUCAACAUUUUCUCAAAUUCAUACUGUCUUUCGUGGGGGAGGAGUCCCGGAUGCUGAUAUUAAAGUAUCAAAUAACAAUAUUGCUUACUUACAUCUUCGUCAGCUCAGUCCUCGACUUUCAAACAUGCAUUUCGAAAACUGUAUGAUUUCAUCAGAUAAACUAACCUGCGGCAUCCCACUGCCUGGCCAUUUUGGAAUAGAAGCAUCUCAUUUGGGUAAUAGCAUUACUAUUCUUCCAACGAAAACGCGUCCCAAGCGUUUACUACUUAGAGCACAGAACGGUCGUACGUACCCUUAUCUUUUAAAAGGUUUAGAAGAUUUACGCCUUGACGACCGUAUAAUGCGUUUGUUUGAGAUUACAAAUCUUGCUGCAGUUCAGUUGUCAUCACACGGUUCUGGUUCUUGUGAAAACAUGUUGGCUCGAACUUAUUCUGUUACUCCCUUAGGUGUACGCUCCGGUCUUUUGCAGAUGGUACAGGGCGCUGUUCCUCUUUACAGUCUCUAUAAAAAGUGGCAAAUAAGAACUAAUAAGCUAUCAUCUAAUAAUUCUUACGUGUCUUCAACAGCUGCAAUUCCAAGACCUGGUGAAUUGUUCCAUGCUCGCCUGAAAGAAUUGCUGCAUGCAUCCGGUCAGCAAUAUCAGUCCCAGUCUCGCUCACACUGGCCUUUGGAGACGUUACGAGAAGUCCUCACUUCUUUGGAAGCCGAAACGCCAGCAGACUUGUUAACUCGUGAGUUGUGGGCUUCUAAUCCGUCAUGUGCUAGUUGGUGGAGGGUUUCACGUGCGUUUGCUAAAUCAGCUGGAUUGCUUAGCAGUCUAGGAUAUUUAGUUGGUCUUGGUGAUCGGCAUCUCGAUAACCUUCUCAUCGAUUUAUCAACUGGACAUAUCGUGCACAUCGAUUAUAAUGUAUGCUUUGACAAGGGUAAAAGUUUGAAGGUGGCUGAAAGAGUUCCGUUUCGGUUGACAAGGAUUUUGAGACAUGCACUUGGACCUGCAGCCCAAGAUAAAUCAGUACGGGGAUCUUUCCGGUUUUCAGCAGAGAAUGGUUUACAAGCUGCUCGUCACAUAGUGGAUCCUUUACUAAUACAACUCAAGGCCUUUUUGAUAGACCCGUUAGUCGACUGGCAGAAUAAGAAACAUUCCACUAAUAAUUCUCAAGUUGUGACUGAUUUUAUCCACUUGUCUGCCUUUCAUGGUGGAGGGAGCACCAGCUCUAGGCAUUACCACUCAUUGUCAACUAACCGACGGCUGCGACGUGUUGAUUCAGAACUUCGUAUGUAUUCAGGUCUACUCACCUUACGACUUGUUGAACUUAGCCACAGUUCAUGUUUGGAUUCAGUAUUUUCUGUUCUGGACUCCCUUAUUUCGCGCUUAGCUGUGUGGACGGAACUAACAAAGGCUCGUCAGCAUGCAUCACUUCUGAAUGAUCGUUACAUAACUUUGCAAAAUGCUUCUCGUGAUGAUUUAUUAUCUUCUGAGCGUCACUGUCAACAAGUGGAACAGAGUGAGCGAAAAGUUGAAGAAUUGUAUGAAAAACUUUCUACGCAAAAUAAUUUUUGGAUGGCUGAAAUCUUAUCACACUUUCAGAAUUUUAGUCUGCUAACUGAUCCCGAAUGGUUGCCAUCUUUACUAGAAUCUAAUAAGGUGUCGGGUUCUCCACUCGUCACUGCUUUAUCAAACUAUCACUCAGUUGCUCGAAUUUAUCUUGGGAAUUCGGAGUUUACGCAUUCAAUGGCUUUAUGGUUGGAGGAAAUAAAGCAGUUCCACUCACAAAUGGAAAGUUUAAUUCAGUCAUCACACAGUGACAUUGACUCUCUAGUGACUUUCAUCUCAUCGAACACACCGCAAUUUAGUAGUCACUUUGAUUCAAAACUAGCUUCUUUACUGGAACAAGCAACCAAAAACAGUUUUGAUGAUUUAUGUGAAUUACGCAAACUUAAAGAUGAAAAUAUAAGUGCGUAUCGUGGUUAUUUGAAUUCGGAUAGCGUUACCCAUGAAGUCGAUAAUUUGAAUUUAUUCAUCUGUGAUCAAGGUGCUGCUGGAGUAACUGCCUACAGCUGGGCCUUAUUGGACUAUGUUUUGAGUAUCGCAAGCAAUUCACUUGCUCUUGAGGUCGAGUUUAACGAAUGGAGUGAAACCAGUAGCUGCCAAAGUGUUAGAAGUAACUUAAAAGCUCUUCCGCUAGAUCCACUCAGUACCUAUGCAGACUGCUUAGUAAAUUUAUUCACCGUUCUUGGUCACCAGCCUACUGGCGUAUGGAACUUCAGUGCCGGUUAUGAAGCAGACGUAAGAAGAGAACUAUCGUUUCUUUUAGCUGUCAAAGAUUCCGUUUCUUGUAUAAGUCAGUUGCAUGCUAAUCUAACAAGACUACUCGUUCCUGAAGCCAUGACGACCCUUAUAACAGCAAAAGUUCCCAUGGUGAGCGAUUUCUGCAGGUUCGUUAUGCGUCACAUAAACGAGUCAGAUACAAGUAAUCUCAAAAAACUCGUAGAUGAUUUCAUUCUAAAAGAUCCAGUUCCAGAUAACCAAGGUGAUUUGCAAGUGCAUCAUGUUCUUGUUGCCGUUCAUCUUGCUCUCACAAACGCCACUGCUCAAAUGGAAGAGAUAGCUGAACGAGUUCGUUCAUGUACCAUUACAGCCUUGCCAUGGUACUAUGUUGAUAUUAUUUCUCAAGUUACCAAUGUUCUUGUGCCAAAGAGUUUAGAAGGUGCGACAUCUUUGUGGAAAUGGGAGUUUAGUAGAUCGAACCGACUAUCAGUAGGAGUUACGCCCUGUUCAUGGACUGACGAAAUAUAUACUUCUGGGAUGAUUGCAUUUGUUUCCAUACUUGAGGAAGGACUAAUCCACUGGCAUGCAAUACAUCAUGGUUCUGUAACUAAGGUCAGCGAUUUGAAUUUACAACCGUUCAAUGAUCCAAUAAAUUCUUUCAUUGGUCGUUUGUCAUCCCGUAUUGCACUAGCAAGCAUGGUUGGAUUAGCAUCCGGCCGUCUUUUCUGUGCACUUGUAGAAAAUACAGGACUAUCUAUUCGCAGGCUGCUAGCUGAAAAUGAGCCACCAAAUAAAGCAGGCGGUAUGCCAGAUGUGUUAAGCUUAUCUGCAGAAAAGAUAAUUGAAAGUGUUAAUGUACACAUGUCAAUUACUCAGCCAGUCAAUGUGCAGCAUCUCAGGGGCCCCGCAGCUAACCUCAUUCAUCGACUCGUUACUCGUUCAGGUCAAGAAAGUCAGUUUUCAGUUGAUGUGGCCGCACUCGAAGCAGCAGAACAACAUUACAAACAUCUUCGUUUGUUCAUGUCAGCUUACAAUUGGAGGCAUAUGACGCAAGAAGAUGAGAAGUCGGCGCUUUACCAACAUGAGCCAUGCUUUUCUUUAGCAAAUGUUCUUGAUUCAAUUAGAGAUGCCGCAAAAUCAGAAAGUGUAUCCACUGAAGGGGUGUCCGGAGUUUCGGUGGAUUCAAUCGCUUUCUCUAUCUGUUACAUUGAAACAUGUAGAGUCAACGGUCUUAGCAAAUGUCCUUCAUUCUUAAAAUGCAUGGAUUUGGUCAGUGAACUAAAGCAAACAAAAGAACAGAAAGAAAAACUUACAUCGGAGUUUAGUGAAUUGGAUAGGGUUGUUUGUACAAUCAAGGAUGCCUAUGCAUUAGAUUGGCCCAUACUCAACUGGUUUCCUUCAUCUGCAUUCAAUGACACAAAUAUGAAAUCCGAUUUGUUUGAUCGUUUUAAAGGUGAUCUUGAUUCAGCUGAGUUUGCAGUCAAAAAAUUACAACAGCGUCUGACGCUUAUAAAACAAGAAUUCAUCGAUAUGUGUUCGAAAUCGGAUUCAGCGAAUGAGGAUAACGUUAACAAUUCAUCAUUGCCUGUUGUAAAAUCAAAACGAGCCAGUCGUAACUUACAUCAUUCAAAGUCAAAAAAACUGUCUGUUGUACAGCCCUCAGUUUCACCAUCUUUGAGUUCUGAUGUCUCAACGAAUUCUAAACAACUUACAAUACUAACGUCACUGCGAUCGCAUUUGAGUACAUUACAAAAAGAAAAAUUGUCUGACAUUCGGCAACUUGUUAAGUUUCUCAGCCGUUAUGAUUCUAUCCGAUCAUCUUUAUUGUCCCACAGCCAGGUGUUGGACAACGAAGCAUGCUCACUUGCAUCAAAUUGGAGCAUUUGGUUAGAUAAUCAUCAGAAUUGGACUACACUGGUCUUAAAUAUGCUAAAGAAUCUUUCAAAAUUAAUUGCGUCAUUUUCCGUAUCAUCGAAAAGUUCUGUUUCUGAGUCAGAAUCAGUCUGUGAAGGAAUGGAUGAGACGGAAUUUGCAAUGACUCUCAAUCAAGAAUGCGUACUUGUUAAGUAUAAGCUUAUAGGGGAAUUGAUUUUACCACUCUUGGUUGAAGUCAAUGAACAUGUUACUUCCAAUCCAUAUCUAUACAAUUCCCUUAAAGGUUUUUUGCAGAUGCUCAAUACGCACUUCAAAACUAUCGAGGAAACUUUCCUCAGUGAAAUUAAAGAGUUCGCAAUAGAAAAUGUACAGUCAGUAAAGACAGAAAAAGUAAAACAGAAGACUGUUUCGGGAAGGUCACUGAACAGGAUGGCUUUAUCUGUUUGGAAUCGAGUUUAUGAUCGUUUGCAUGGAUUUGAUUCGUUUCUUCCUAUGGCUGAUGUGAAUGAACCGAUGUCAAUAUACGCUCAAAUCGAUGCAUGCAUUCGUCAAGCCACUGAUGUUGAUAAUCUCGCUCUCAUGUAUGAAGGAUGGACAGCAUGGGUGUGAAAUUUGUUCAAGUAAAGUAGAAAUCUGCAUUGGUUUUGUCUGUCGAUUGACUUCUAAUCCUGCGAUCUCAAUGGUUCAUUGGUGAAUAGAUGGAUCGAGUAGGUACCUCUAGGUAGCUUGAGGAAAUCCUGUCCAUAAUAUCCAUCAUCUAUACGUGAGAACAUUGUCGACAUGCCAGUUUCUUUUGAUGAAUUGAUGUUCUAACAACGGAUCUAAAAUUGACUGUGAUGUGGAGCAUCAUUACUCACAACUUUAUCAAUACAUCCUAACCAAGGUCAACGUGGUUAAUAUCUCAGUAAAACAGUCGUUUUUAACAACCUGUGAAUUCACUGUAUUGUGAUUUCUGUCGCAUAGCAAUGCUAUUUUUAUUUCCUGGAUCAUUGAUUAAUCUCUUUUUUUGUUGUUAUGAUUAUGUAAUAUUAACUUGUUUCUCCUAAUAUUUAACUUCCUUUGUAUUGUCUUCGUGCAUAGUUUUAUCAACCUUGACGAAUGUUCAUGUUUUUUGUCUUUUACUUCUUCAUUUGGACGUACAAUAGAUUAUUCUAUUUUACUCUAUGAUGUUUACUCAGCUGCAUAUUUCGACAAGAAAAAUUAAUUAGGUGGUUGGAAUAUUGUCACUACUGUAAAAUAACACAGUUAUAUGUAAGUGUGAACUAGGAAUACAAGUCGCGUGGUGAUAGAUAAUCCAUCCGUUAUUUAUUAGCACAUUGAGGAGAAGUUAUACCCGG